GAGAAGCUGAACAGUUAAAGAGCAAUAUUACACACACACACACACACACACACACAAGGCAAUUAUAAUGCUGUGAAACAUUACAGCUGCCUUUCUUAGUGUCUCGAUAAAAUGUUCCCCUGUGACUUUGCGUGGGGAGCGGGAACUGCUGCGUAUCAAAUAGAAGGUGGCUGGCAGGCAGAUAGCAAGGGACCAAGUAUCUGGGACACUUUUUGUCACAAGAAAGGCAAAGUGUUUGGGGAUCAGACUGGAGAUGUGGCCUGUAACAGCUACGAGCUGUGGGAGAAAGACCUGGAGUGUAUCCAGCAGCUUGGACUGACACACUACCGGCUUUCUCUGGCGUGGGCCCGCCUCCUACCUGAUGGGAGCACAGGACAUGUCAAUCAAAAAGGUGUACAGUACUACAACAAGGUGAUUGACGAUUUGCUGGCCUGUAAUGUAUCACCUAUGCUCACACUAUACCACUUUGACCUACCUCAAGCUCUCCAAGACCAAGGGGGCUGGAAAUCACCAAGUAUAGCAACCGUCUUUGAUAGCUAUGCUCAGUUUUGUUUCCAAACAUUUGGGGACCGGGUCAAACUUUGGAUCACUAUAAACGAACCAUAUGUGUGCGCCAAACUGGGUCACGAAGAUGGCAUCCAUGCCCCAGGGUUAAAAGAACCAGGAAUUGCUGCUUAUGUGGUUGGCCAUAACAUGCUGCGUGCCCAUGCCAUGGCCUGGCAUAGCUACAACUCCUUAUACAGGCCUAAGCAGAAAGGUGCUGUGUCUUUGGCUAUCAACAGUGACUGGCUUGAUCCACUACACCCAGACUGUGCCGAGGAUAUCGCUGCUGCUGAACGUUACUUUGCGUUUACACUCGGAUGGUUUGCCUGGCCGGUAUUUGUCACUGGAGAUUAUCCAGAAAUAAUGAGAUCUGCCAUUGAUGCUCAAAGUAAGAAGCUGGGAUACAGUGGCGACUCAAGACUGCCCAGUUUCUCAAAGGAUGAACCUGCAGUUUUAGGGACGGCAGACUUCUUCGCCUUGAACUAUUACACAUCUCGUAAAGUCAAGGCGAGAGAGGCUUGUGAGCAGGUGCUGUGCAUGAAGAGCGAUCGAGAUGCAGAAGAAGUCUUGGAUCCAUCUUGGCCUAUUUGUGGAGUGUCCUGGCUGGCUGUAGUGCCCCAUGGCUUAAAGAAACUUCUCAAGUACAUCAAGGACACUUUCAACAACCCAGCAGUCUACAUUACAGAGAAUGGCUUCUCUCAGGUGGGGCCGCUGCAAAUUGAGGAUGAUCAGCGCUCUGAGUUCUACAAGGACACCAUCUUUGAAGUGGCUAAAGCUAUUGGAGAGGAUGGUGUCAAUAUCCGUGGAUACUUCGCAUGGUCACUGCUGGACAACUUUGAAUGGUCUGAUGGAUUCAGCGUUCGUUUUGGAUUGUUCCAUGUGGACUUCUCUGAUGCAAAGCUGACUCGAGCUAUGUACCACUCUGGACGGGAGUAUGCAAAGAUCAUCUCAAAAUACAAAUCUAAUCAAUCCGGAUGAGACAACACAGGCAUCAGUGUGCAUGGAUUUCUUAAUUAUGUAUAACUGUUCAAGAAAAAAGAAAAUAUACUAUAUACUAU